AUGCCCAACCAGAAGGUGAGGGAGGGAAGCGAAACAGGCGACCAGAAGGACAAACCGUGUUCAACGUCACACUCCUCAGAGUCGUUUGGGAUUGGGAAUGGAGCCGGCGGCGGAGGGUAG